AUGCUAAGUGGAACCAAGAGGAAAAGAUCUGAAGUUGCGGAGAAAGUAGCACAACGAUGGAAGAACGUCAGGUAUAAUGGCGAUACUGACAAAAACCCUUUAGGAGACGAUGAAGACUGCGUCAUCAUCAGUGAGUCAAAGGUUAUAGAUUUAACUGGUCCGGACCAAAAAUUAGAUGCAAAGGCAGAAGCAAACGAUACGGCAAAAAGUGCAGUUUUCAAACUCAUUAAAUCAGAUUUUUAUGAAAAGGAAGGUUUUGUGGGAGAUGCAGACGAUAUGAUCACUCUGAAAGAUAUAUUCUGCACUAAAAGGCUCAAGAGAAGCAUUCUCUUCAGUUUCCAGUACGAACUCGAUUUUUUACUGAGGCAAUUCCACGACGAAAUAGAGAAUAUAACCAUUGUAGGACAAAAGGGGACAAUCGUGCCUAUCGAAGCCCGCUCUAUGGACGCGACACUGGUAGAUAUGUUGGGCAAGAUCAAGCUUAUUGAGGUAACUAUGCCCCCAUAUACAUGCCAUCACACCAAGCUGAUUAUAAACUUUUACGAUAACAACGAAUGCAGGAUCUUUUUGCCCUCCAACAACUUCACAGCAAUGGAAACUAAUCUACCCCAGCAGGUGUGUUGGUGCAGUCCUGUUUUGCAAAUAGAGAGGGAACAACAACCAAUAGCGUUUAAAACAGACUUGAUUGAAUAUCUCAGAUCGUAUCAUAUGAAAGAGAUUGACGAUUUAAUUACAAAAAGCGUGGAGGCAGUCAAUUUUGCGCCGUUGAACGAAUUAGAGUUUGUAUAUUCCACGCCUUCCAAAUUCAAAUCCUCAGGACUGACUUUGCUCUACAAGAAACUGGAAGACCUUUCUAGUGGCCCAAGUGUUCGUAAUUCUACAAAGCAUUAUCUAUGCCAAACUUCAUCCAUAGGGACAUCUCUAUCAAGAGCGCGGGACGAAAACCUAUGGACACAUCUGAUGAUUCCUCUGUUUACAGGGAUCAUGUCUGCUCCAGUGGAGUUCUCCCCUGGGAGAAAAAAAGUGAAAAUACUGCCACCGGAUCUACUGAUGAAUGAGUAUUCUCAGAGAAAGAUAAAGCCAUAUAUCAUUUUCCCUACCGAACAAGAAGUCGCCACCAGUCCCUUGAAGCGGUCCAGUUCUGGAUGGUUUCAUUUUCAGUACCUGCAGAAGAAAAGCUACUACGAGAUGCUGAGAAACAAGUUCAAGAUCUUCUACAAAGAAGACCCUGCUACAAUUACUAGGAGACGAGGAACCACACCAGCGCAUUCUAAGUUCUACAUGCAUUCUACAACAAAAAAUACGGAACCCUGUGACGCAUCACAGGUGUUCAGAGAGCUAGAGUGGUGCCUUUAUACAUCAGCAAACCUCAGUCAAACCGCGUGGGGUACCACUUCAAAGAAACCACGCAACUAUGAAGCAGGAGUACUUUAUCAUAGUAGUAAAUUGGCAGAAACCCAGAAGGUCACGUGCCGUAGCUUUACCCGCGCUGGAGUUGGUAGCAAAAGUCACGUGGCCGUGCCAUUCACCUUACCAGUAAUUCCAUACGACCUGGCUGAGGAUGAAUGCUUUUGCCUUGCUCGCCACGAGGACAACUAG